ACGCGUAAAAGCAUGAACUUACGGCGCGGUUUUCCGCUGCUAUGGCAGCAAUACGCCGCGCUUCUAAAGAAGAACCUCCUGCUGUCGUGGCGGAACAAGACGGCGACGUUCAUGCAGCUCUUCUCGUCCUUAUUCUUCAUCUUCCUCCUCUUUUCCAUCCAGAAGGCCAUCGAGUCUCGCUACGCCGCGUCCACGACCUACAAGAGCGUGACGGACCCUAAGACACUGCUCAUGCCGCCGAUCCCGCCCUGCGAGGACAAAAUCUACACCAAGGUCCCCUGCUUCGACUUCCUGUGGAGCGGGAAUGCCAGCGCCGCGGUUCGGAGGAUUGUGACCAACAUCAUGACCAAUAACCCUGGCAGGCAGAUUCCGAAGAGAAAGGUUCAAUCAUUUAGAACACCAAGUGAAGUGGAUUCAUGGCUUCUUAGUAAUCCGAUGAGGUGCCCUGGAUCUUUGCAUUUUGUAGAAAGAAAUGCUACUGUAAUUAGCUACGGCAUACAGACUAAUUCAACUCUGGUUGCACAGCGAGGGAAUUAUGAAGAUCCCACAUUUAAAUUUCAAAUACCACUUCAAAUUGCCGCAGAGCGUGAGAUUGCGAGAUAUCUUAUUGGAGACCCAAGCUUUAGCUGGGUUGUGGGGUUCAAGGAAUUCGCACACCCUGCAAUGGAAAAUCCCUCUGCAGUGGCUACAAUAGGACCAAGCUUUUUCCUUGCAAUUGCCAUGUUUGGAUUUGUGCUUCAAAUCAGUUCUUUGAUCGCAGAGAAAGAGCUUAAACUUCGCCAGGCAAUGAAUAUGAUGGGUCUUUAUGAUUCUGCGUACUGGCUCUCAUGGCUCACAUGGGAGGGAUUUCUUACGCUUCUCUCCUCACUUUUCUUAGUUCUCUUCGGCAUGAUGUUUCAGUUUGAUUUUUUCUUGCACAACAGUUUUGCGGUUGUGUUCCUUGUGUUCUUUCUUUUCCAACUCAAUAUGAUUGGUUUUGCCUUCAUGUUGUCACCCUUCAUUAGCAAGUCAUCUUCAUCCACAACAGUGGGUUUCUCCAUAUUUAUUGUUGGCUUUAUGACGCAGCUUGUUACAUUGUUUGGAUUUCCCUACACUCAAGCCAUCUCUCGUAACUUAAGAGCUAUCUGGUCGUUGUUCCCACCUAAUCUUCUUGCUCAAGCUCUAAGUAUGCUUUCUGGUGCAACUUCAAACCCUCAAGAUGUUGGGGUGAGCUGGAAUGGGAGGGCCAAGUGCGCACCAAAUAAUAUGAUGUGUGUGAUAACAAUUAAUGAUAUUUACAAAUGGCUCGUUGCUACGUUUUUUCUGUGGUUCGUAUUGGCUAUCUACUUCGACAAUAUAAUCCCAAAUGCAUCUGGUGUGAGAAAAUCAGUGUUUUACUUCCUAAACCCUUGGUAUUGGAUUGGGAAAGGAGGAAGCAAAAUGAAAGAGGGUGGCAUUUGUAGUUGCAUAGGUUCUGUCCCACAGCAGGAUCAUAUUACUCCAGAUGAUGGAGAUGUCCUUGAAGAGGAAAACAUAGUAAAACAUCAAACACAGGAAGGCGUGGUUGAUCCAAAUGUUGCUGUUCAGAUACGUGGUCUUGCAAAGACAUAUCCUGGGAAUCGGCAGUGUGGUUGCUGUAAAUGCAAGAAGACUCCACCUUACCAUGCCCUUAGGGGCUUAUGGGCGAACUUUGCAAAAGAUCAGUUAUUUUGUCUUCUUGGACCUAACGGAGCUGGAAAAACUACGGCAAUUAAUUGUUUGACUGGCAUUACACCAGUGACGGGUGGAGAUGCAUUAAUUUAUGGAAAUUCAAUCCAAAGCUCAAUUGGCAUGUCAAACAUUCGAAGAAUUAUAGGAGUUUGUCCCCAGUUUGAUAUCCUUUGGGAUGCAUUGUCUGGUCAAGAGCACCUCCACCUCUUUGCUAGUAUCAAAGGCCUACCCCCUGCUUCUAUCAAAUCGGUUGCUCAGAAUUCAUUGGCAGAGGUGAGACUCACCGAGGCAGCCAAUGUGAGAGCUGGGAGUUACAGUGGAGGAAUGAAACGUCGCCUCAGUGUUGCCAUAGCCCUUAUUGGCGAUCCAAAGUUGGUCAUUUUGGAUGAGCCGACAACAGGCAUGGAUCCAAUAACAAGGAGACAUGUAUGGGACAUAAUAAAUGAUGCAAAGAAAGGUCGUGCUAUUGUGCUAACAACACAUUCAAUGGAAGAAGCCGAUAUUUUGAGUGAUCGCAUAGGAAUCAUGGCCAAGGGUAGGCUUCGCUGCAUUGGAACCUCAAUCAGGUUGAAGUCACGGUUUGGCACUGGUUUCAUUGCUAAUGUUAGCUUCCUUGGAAGUAAUAAUGGUCAAACUACAAUUCAUCAUGAGGCUGUGAAGCAGUUUUUUAAAGAUCGAUUGGAUAUAGUACCAAAAGAGGAGAACAAAGCCUUCUUGACUUUCGUGAUUCCUCAUGAUAGAGAGAAGCUUUUGACGAAAUUUUUUGAGGAGCUCCAAGAUAGAGAAAAUGAAUUUGGCAUAUCAGACAUCCAAUUGGGUCUUACAACACUGGAAGAAGUUUUCUUGAAUAUUGCAAGGCAGGUAGAGCUAGAGAGUGCGGCAGCUGAAGGGAGGUUGGCAACUUUGACUUUAACAUCUUCUGGAGCCUCAGUUUCAAUACCUUUGGGAGCCAGGUUUGUAGGAAUUCCAGGAACAGAAUCUGAAGAGAAUCCCAAAGGGAUUAUGGUAGAAGUGUACUGGGAGCAAGAUGAUUCUGGAGCCCUCUGCAUUUCUGGUCACUCCGCUGAAAUUCCAAUCCCCCCCAAUGUUCAACCAAUGCCUUCAACAACUUCUCAAAGAAAUUUCUUCUUCAGCCGGUCGGGACUUGUUCAUGGAGUUGUAAUUGAUCCAAAUGAAAUUAACAUCGCUGAAAAUCAUUGACACAUUUACUUUCAAGUUGUAUACAUGUGUUAUUCUGCAUUUCGUAUGUUUAUGAGCACCACAUCCUAGUAACAUUUUUAGCCCGUUGUGUACAUGCAUACCAGAACAUCGAAAAACUUUACAUGAUUAUGCCAUAUUCUACAAUGAUUUAUAUAUCAUUACAUUGUUUUGUAAUUUUUUUUUUCUUAAGACUAUAGGACCCUUAGCAUUUUUGUGUGUAGUUUACAAAAUGUCUGAAGUGGAAACUUUGUCCUGGUCAGAAUAUUAAGAGACCAGAGCCAACCAAUGACACAUUGGCCACAGAGAAUGGCAGGGAUUAGAACUUAUUAACAGGACAUCAUCACCACACAUCCAGGUACAUGUUAAUAGAACAUUACAAAACAUGGUCUAAUGUGGAUUAAGAUCACAUCAUAUCCAUCCACUAUGUAAUAAACUAUGAACAGCCUGAAAGCAUUACCAAAACCAACCACAGUUCAGACUUGAAGUAUGACAUGAUAAAUUUUCGAACCUAUGAUGUACAUAAAACUCACAAACACCCCAAAUGCAGGAAAAAUCAGUGAAGGCGCUUGGCCCAACACAUCCCUCCAACUACAGUCCACAUUACAGUUUUCAGAGCACUUACAACACACA